UAUAUUAAAAGUAAAGGGCAAAGUUAGUAAAGAAAAAGGCUUGAUUUAAUAUGAAUAAACCUAUCUUUCUUACAACUUUUGUAUUUUUCUAGGUAAUUUGGAUUUUAUUUUAUUUUUGUGGAAUGAUUUUACAAAUAGAAAGAACAACAUUUGACUUUGAGAGAAUAUAUAAAAGGAGUGAAAGAAAACAUAGUUGUAGCUAAGUAAAAUAUGGAGAGUCUAAGGAGCUUCCUCUGCUUCAAGACCUCACCACCAUCAAUAGUCUUUCCAACUACAACCACCUUCUUCACUAAGCUUCCUUUGCGAUUUUGGCACAAGGCGAAAGCAGGAUAUGCUGUUUUUGGAGCAAAACAAGCUGCUAAAAGAAAAGGGCUUGUGAGCCUUUCUAAAGACAAGGAGCUAUGUGAAGGAUAUGCUGAUAUCGAAACGAUGUGGAAGAUGAUUCAUUCGACCCGUGCUAAGGAUAUACACAGCAACAGAAACUGCAAGAGACCUCGAUAUUUAGUAGUCUGUUUUAAGCCAAGUUAAGUGACUUUCAAAAGAGAUAAUAUGGCUUACUUCAGUUUUAUUGUUUUGUACAAUAAGUAGGUCUAAUUUACGGUCUUUAAUUCUCUUGGUGUUGUGUUUUGUUAUGCCCAUCAGGUUCUUCUCUAGAUAGAUUGAAGAACAAUUCUGCAAAGCUGAUAGAAUGGGAAAAUUAAACACGAUUAUAUGUAGACUUCGAUUAGUUAUAAACUUUUGAGUAUAUUUGAAGGUUUAACUGUCAAAAA